AUGAACCCGAAUGUCAGCAUCGUAGCGACGAUGAAUUUUCAGAAUUCGACCAGCGAGAAUUCUGGACGAGCCCGAAUCCUACGUCCGGUUCGAGAUGUGACAAAUAAUUCGAAUCAAACAGUUUUGACGGCGAUGCGUAAAAGUGAGACGGCUGCUUCAUCGUCUUCAGCUCAAUCUCAGCAACAGACGGCAUCACAAAGGCAGCAUCAAAAACCGAGACAGACUCAACGUGAGAAUGGUGUUGUGACAUCAUCGGCUCCUCUCGUGAGAUCAUCAUCAGAGUUGAGUCGGAGCACAGUUGAAAACGAUAUAAAGAUAUUGGAGCAAUUGCUAAAACUUGUUCGAAAAUUGCGAGAAUAUAGUUUGAAGCAGCAACGCGAAUGUCUCAAAGUGAUGGAAUUUCCGAGAGUCAAAAAUGGAACGAAAAUCGAGCAAUACAAUUUGAUAACGAUGAAAACAUUUGAGGAGAUUCAGCGAAUUGCGAAGACACCGAUGCGGCGGAAUCCGAAUGUUCUUGCCGGCUUCAAUCAUUUGACCGCCCAUCAAUCGAUGGUUGAUAAUAAUUUUUGGAGUAGAAAUGAAUGCUCCACGAUGGAUGAGAUUGUCGACGCUUCAGCUUACCGAGAUAAUCUUGAGAAAACGAGCGCACUUGUGUAUGAGACAUUCAAGCAGCCGUUGAUCCAAAAGAAAUCAAUGUUUGCCGUUUCGCCGCCAGUGUCCAUCAACAAUUUUGCGGGUAUUCAACAGAAAUUCGUGCAAACGAUGGAGACGUUGAAAUCGAAAAUGAAUCGAGAGAAAACGUUUUGGAAAUUCACACAGAGCAACGAGUUGAGUUUAAGCGGCGCGUGUUUGACUUAUGAGGUUGUCUAUUCGCCGAAAAUGAGCGCCGGCGGAUUUGUGCCGUACUUCAAAUCAAUGAUAUGUGUGAAAAACGGUUUGUUGGCGGAUUUGGUGAUUGGUGCGACGAACGAGAAAUUGAUGGAUGAGGACGGCACGAAACCAUCGAAAUAUGUUGUGUAUCGUCAAAUGACGAAAUUUGUGAAACGAGCAAUUGUUGAGCGGAAUCGCGACUUCUUCAAGCAUGCUGUCAACUUUUAUCAAUGCAAUAACUACAUUCAACAGCUUACGACGUGCAUGAAGUCACCUUGUCAUCGUUGCAGAAAACUCCUUAACAAUUUCAUGCCGCCGACGAUGCUCGUUGCCGAGGAUUCGUCAUUUCUGCUUUAUCAUCCGUCAUGCUACAUGUAUAAACCAUAA